CAGCAAACGCUUUACUUCCUGUUCUAAACGCAUGGAAAGUCCACGCGGAUAUUUGUUUAUCUGUUUUUAUUCAGUUCUGUCUCGGUCGAUUAGAAAAAUCAUUUAAAAUCUUGGGACAUAAUGGUCCGAGCACGAAGGGCAGUUAAAAGGCCUAGAUCAAAGAAACAACAGCAGUAUGACAGUGAUGACCCCGAUGCUUAUAAGGACGAAGUUAUUCCAGAUAAGAAAUCUUCCAAAUAUGUGGAGGAUAAAAUAGAUGAAUUCCACAAUGAAAAAAUCCAAAAACUUUUGGCUCGAGGGGUUCAAGAAGACAGCGAUCAAGAGGAUGAAUUGGAAGAGGAGGAAGUCAUGCCCUUGACUCUCCAAGAGUCUUCUGAUGAAGACAAUGAAGAGCAAGGAGACAAUGAUGAAGAAGGAACAGAUAUGGAAAGUGACCUGGAAGGGAAAAAAUAUGAUGAUCUCCCAAAUGAAAUGGCUUGGGGAAACAAAAAGAAGAUAUUCUAUGAUUCAGACUAUGUCACCAAAAAGGGUAAAUCUCUUCAAGAGAUUGAGGCUGAAGAUAAGGAAGAAGAAGAGGAGGCCCAAAACAUUCAACGGAGAUUGGCUGCCAACCUGAGCGAGGAAGACUAUGAUCUAAAUCUGUUUGAGGACUUUGCAGCGGAGGUAGAAGCAGAGAAGGCAGUUGAAACGGAGGAAAGGAUUGUCAAGGACUUGAAGACAAUGUCACAGAAAGAAAAGAUCAAACUGCUAAAGAAAGAGUCACCAGAAUUGUUGGAACUUAUCCAGGAUUUCAAAGCAAAGCUCACCGAGUUAAAGGAUGAGGUUCAGCCCCUGGUGGAUAUGGUCAAAGAUGGACGGAUUCCACCUGGAAAGGGUGCAGAUUAUAUUAUUACCAAACAGCAGCUUUAUCUUAACUAUUGCACAAACAUUAGUUUCUAUUUGGUUCUGAAAGCUAAGCGAAUUCCAGCACAUAAUCAUCCUGUGAUUGAAAGACUGCUGACCUACAGAAAUCUGAUAAAUGAACUAGGCACUGUAGACGCUAGACUCGCUCCCCAACUGCGUCAGCUUCUCUCUGGAGACCAGCAGGACAGAACCGCAAAAAGAUCAGUGGGUAGCAAGCGUAUUAAAACUGAUGUGGCAGAAAAGGCUGAGCUGGAGGAAGCCGAGGCGUCUGACUCAGACGAGGAAGCAAAUCUGCGCUUCUAUAAUGCCAUGGCAGAGAGGCAGAAACUCAAGAGGAAGAAGAAAGAGCCGCAGUCUGAGGAUGGAUUGAUGGAGGAGGUGGACGGAGAUGCUAAACGAAGGAUCACUUAUCAGAUGUCCAAGAACAAAGGUCUUACACCCAAGAGGAACAAGCUCAAUCGCAAUCCCAGAGUCAAGCACAGAGAAAAGUUCAGACGUGCCAAGAUUCGUAGAAAGGGUCAGGUUGUUGAGGUCCGGCGUGAGGAGACGAGAUACAGUGGAGAAAUGUCCGGUAUUCGUGCUGGAGUUAAGAGAAGUGUCAGACUUAAAUGAUAAAUCUGUAUCCGAAUGUCAACCAAGCUUGAAUGUCAUAUUGAAAUGGAUGAAAAUGCGGACUGUCCGAGAAACCAACAAAUAUGUAUCAUUUAAACAGCUGCACACAUGUUCCAUUAAAAUAAUUAUAAACGCAGAAAAAGAUUGUGACGCAAGCUGUGCUUUUCAAAACUUGUAUACUUUUUAAUGAGGUGUUAAAAGGAUCAAUGUGUUUAAAAUUAUGAGCAAGAUUCUGUAUUCAAUAGCUCUUAAUGCAUUUUGCAGGUUGUUGAAGACUUAACUCAAAAGCAGAUUAUUACAAACUGUAUCAUAUUAGUAUGAUAACUUAAAGCCAUUCAAGCAUAAAUUCACACUGUUCUCAUCUGUGCUUAACCUGUUUAAGGCCAAGAAAAUAAUAAAACCGCAAUUAUGCAAAUGAGA